UCUGCGCCGGAUGCUCGGGGCCGCUGCUGCCCGGAGCGUCUACUGGCCGGAGCUGCCCGCCAGCACCUGGCCCCUCGGCGGCCGCACGGACACUGCGAGCAAGGGCGGCCAUGCAGGAGCCGCUGCUGGGAGCCGAGGGCCCGGACUACGACACCUUCCCUGAGAAGUCCCCGUCGCCGGGGGAGAGGACGCGGGUCGGGGCCCCACAGAACAAGAGGGUGUUCCUGGCCACCUUUGCCGCCGUGCUGGGCAAUUUCAGCUUCGGGUAUGCCCUGGUCUACACGUCCCCUGUCAUCCCAGCCCUGGAGCACUCCUUGGACCCGGACCUGAGUCUGACCAAAACCCAGGCAUCCUGGUUUGGGUCCAUAUUCACCUUGGGUGCAGCAGCUGGGGGCCUUAGUGCUAUGGUUCUCAACGACCUCCUGGGCCGGAAGCUCAGCAUCAUGUUCUCAGCUGUACCAUCAGCAGCCGGCUACGCGCUCAUGGCAGGUGCCCACGGCUUCUGGAUGCUGCUGCUGGGGAGGACGCUGACAGGCUUCGCUGGGGGUCUCACAGCUGCCUGCAUCCCGGUGUACGUGUCUGAGAUUGCUACCCCGAGUGUUCGUGGGGCCCUGGGGGCCACGCCCCAGCUCAUGGCAGUGUUCGGAUCUCUGUCCCUCUACGCCCUUGGCCUCCUGCUGCCAUGGCGCUGGCUGGCUGUGGCCGGGGAAGGGCCCGUGCUCAUCAUGAUCCUGCUGCUCAGCUUCAUGCCCAACUCCCCUCGCUUCCUGCUCUCACGGGGCAGGGACACAGAGGCACUGCGGGCGCUGGCCUGGCUCCGUGGGGCCGACACCGACAUCCGCUGGGAGUUCCAGCAGAUCCAGGACAACGUCCGCAGACAGAGCACCCACAUGUCGUGGGCCGAGGCCCGGAACCCCCACAUGUACCGACCCAUCCUCAUCGCCUUGCUGAUGCGCUUCCUGCAGCAACUGAUGGGCAUCACGCCCAUCCUUGUCUACCUGCAGCCCAUCUUCGAAAGCACUGCCGUCUUUCUGCCCCCGAAGGACGAUGCAGCCAUCGUGGGGGCCGUGAGGCUCUUCUCCGUGCUGAUCGCCGCCCUCACCAUGGACCUGGCUGGCCGCAAGGUUCUGCUCUUCAUCUCAGCCACCAUUAUGUUUGUGGCCAACCUGACGCUGGGGCUGUAUGUCCACUUCGGUCCGAAGCCUCUGACUCCCAACAGCACCAUGAGCACCAUGGGCCUCGAGAGUGUGUCCUUGGGGGGCACAGAGCAGCCCCUGGCCACCCCCUCCAGCUACCUCACCCUCGUGCCCCUGGUGGCCACCAUGCUCUUCAUCACAGGCUACGCCAUGGGCUGGGGGCCCAUCACCUGGCUCCUCAUGUCGGAGAUCCUGCCCCUGCAAGCCCGCGGUGUGGCCUCGGGGCUCUGCGUGCUCGUCAGCUGGCUCACUGCCUUUGCCCUCACCAAGUCCUUCCUGCUGGUGGUGAACGCCUUCGGCCUCCACGUGCCUUUCUUCUUCUUCACUGCCAUCUGCUUGGCCAGCCUGGUGUUCACUGGCUGCUGGGUGCCUGAGACCAAGGGCCGGUCGCUGGAGCAGAUUGAGUCCUUCUUCCGCACUGGGAGGAGGUCCUUCCUGCACUAGAGGAUGCGCCAGAGGGCUACAACGAGGAGAGAGCACAGGGCGGGAGACGGUGGAUGGAUCCACACAGGGACAUCAUCGUGCCAUUUUGUUCUGAUCCGCUUAGUCACCAUGGAACAACUUGACUACAGGGAGGAAGACAGAUCUGUACUUCUAAAAGUUUAUGGGUACUAUGGGGAACAUUCUAGACUCCCACAGGCCAGGGCCCAAGACCCAGCACAGACACUUCCUCCUGCACCCACCCAACCUCUGGAAACGGGGCUCAAGCGCUCCUGUCUGCAAACCAUGUUCACCCUGUUUGUAAAAAUAGAUCAGGCUCUUGGCCUUGGACUGGCAGGAUGGGGUAUAUUGCAGGUGGGGGAGCCCACCCAGCAGCCAGGUUUGGCUAGACCCAAACUCUCAGCCAAGGUUGCCAGGGCCUGCUGCCCUAGGCAAGGCCCCCUCCGGCCACCCCCGACCUGUCCACAGUAAGGCAGAGGGAAGGGGCGAGGCAGCCGGUGGGGGAGAGCCUGGCCGCGGGUUGGCUCUGUCCCACAGACUCAGCCCUCCCCAGCUGUGUGACCUCGGCAAGCCACAUUCCUCGUCUUAGAUGCUAUGAGCAGGAUUGGGACAGGGCCAGCCGCACAGAAGGUCCUCAAUAAAAUGGCAGUUACUCCCAGG